AUGAUUGUUGACGAAUCUAGCAUUGAAAGUCUCAUUUGCUGUCACCUUGAAAAAGGUGACACGAAAGACGCGGCCCUCCAACUGGAGCUUCUGGACGAACUUCUGCCUACAAUUGGGGAAUCCGCAGAAACCGUGUAUUUACAGGCACUGUUGCUUCGUGAACAGAAGGGUAAACCUUUGGAAGUAAUGAACUUGCUCGACAAAGCCUCGAAUAUUCACUUCAGGGUGCUGCAGGAUCAGCCACCCUCAAUUGAGUAUUACAUGAAGUUGAAUCCUGACUUUCUGCUACAAAUUGUGAAUUCUUAUCUUUCCUUGUCAAAGCUAACCCCACUAAUUCCUACUUGUGAUGAAGUUGUAGUCAGGGGGAGUAAUUCACUACUCUCACUUUGGCCAGAUGAACAACGACUUCUAUCAAAGUCAGAGAGAAUCCUUACUCAAUUAUUAGAGGUCAUGCCAGGUCAUCAAAGAGCCAAUUAUUACCUUGCUUGCGUCUACUUGAGUCAGGGAAACGAGGAUGGAGCAUUGAAACAUAGCCAAAUCUCCAUCGACAUUGAUCCCACGUGUAUUGAUUCGCAUGUCCUGCAAACAAAGGCGAGGAUCUAUCUCAAUGACUUCAACACUGAGAAAGCAAUUAGAGUUCUAAUUGAGACUUUGGCUAACCCUGAUGCCCCUGGACGAUCUACCGAGCCAAUUUCAAAACUGAACUAUUCGGACUUUUGGAUAACAAUAUACAUCGACCUGAUUUACGCUUAUCGCAAGAUGAAUAAAAUCAACGACGCGAAGAGGACUUUGGCGGAGGCAAAGAUAAUUUACGCCGGAUCUCCUGAGAACGAGAGACUUAUUAUUUCAGCAGCUGAAAUAUCCUUAGGAGAUGGUAAUUUGGAGGGCGCUCUAGUGCAUUUACGUGAAAUUACUCCAGAUACGCCCAUCUACAUCCUAGCAAAGCAGCGCGUGGCCGAAAUAUUUCUUAACUACAGGAAAGAGUGGAAGCUUUAUAUUGCAUGCUACAGGGAACUUGCAGAAACUCUGGAAAAGUGUCCUUUUGCCUACCUCCUACUGGGUGAUGCCUACAUGCGCAUUCAACAACCUCAGCGAGCUAUUGAAGUGUAUGAGUCGGCCCUACGCUGGAACCCAGGAGAUCUAUGUAUUGUCAGCAAAAUGGGUGAAGCCCUGGUCACAAAACAUGAAUUCGAAAAGGCUGUUGCUUACUACGAAUCGACUAUCCAUGCCCCUUCCAUGAACUCAAGUCCGCUCGAGACUGAUUUGGCUGUACUCCUCAUCAAAUUACAACAAUUUGACAAGGCGGAACGCAUCCUUAUAGCAGGUUUCGAGAAUCUGAAGUCAUCCUCUAAAUUAUCGAAUCUACAGAGAAUGACAGAUCUACUGAUUCUUCUUGGUCUUGUUUAUUAUUUGCAAGAUAGGCACGUUCAGCAACUAGAAGCACUGGACAAAACAAGUAAAACAAUCGGAACGAUCCAGAGUCAGCUCAAAGCUGAAGAUUCUUCAGACAUCCCAAAGGCCUGUCGAAAUCUGCUAAUAAGUGUUCACCUGCAUAUGGCAGACACCCUUCAAAAGAUGCACAGUUUGUCACAAACUGUCCCUGAUAUCGUCUCGCAGCUAUACAGCAGCGAGGCUUUAAGGCAAUCCACCACACCCAUAGCAAAUCACCCGCAAGAGGAAGGAGGUGGAGACAAUGUGUCGACAACCAACGACCCCAACAAGUCCACGAGAGGGGCGUUGUUCUCUUCGUUACAACUAGAAAAAUCCAUCAUUGCCUGCGAGGAAGCUAUUAGGGAGAUUUACGCAACCAACUCUCCAAACAUUAUUGACCGCCUGAGGCAUGCAGCAGCGUUGUCAUUGUUGGCCCGGUGCUAUCUGAUGAAUGGUGAUAGGGCCCAGUGUGAGCAGACUUGCUUAAAAUUGGCUCUUUGUCAGGUAGGCUGUCUUAUUUGA